CGCAGAAAACGGCAAUUUUCUGUGCCGGAGAUGGUGGCUCGCGCAGAGGGCAGGAAGUCCAAGCGACCGGCGGUGAGUAGACUGUCGAAGUCUCCGCGUGAGACCGCAUCGCCCGGCGCAGCUGUGAUGUCCGCAGAAGCCCCAGCCACCGUGGAACUCAGCGACGCCGCCAUGUCUCGCAUUAAGCAAAUGCUGGAUGGAAGCAUCGCAACGGUCAUCGCUGCGUUCGAAACAAAGUUCAACAGCAUGCAGCAGAGAAUCGACGUGCUGGAAGGAGAAGUUAUGGACAGGGACGUGGAGAUCCGUAGCCUGCAUGAGCAGUUGGUGAGACAAGGAAAGGCUCUGGAGGAGCAGCAGGAGAGAACAGAGGGCAUCGACCUCAACCGCAGACUCUCGACGCUGAUCCUCACCUGUGACGACUUCAUCUCCAAGACGACUGACGAAGAUGUCGAGCAGAAGAUCUCCCAGGUGCUGAACCAGAGGUUCCCGUGGCUCAACAUGACGCCAAAGGACAUCCAGUCGGCUCACAGGCUCCAAGCGAACAACAAAGUUAUCGUUCGCUUUGUGAAACGUCGAAUGCGUGACGCAGUGUACGAAGGCCGAUUCGAACUGGUCAACAGGACUGCGCGCGACGCUCGCAGACUGUCACCGCUGUACAUAACAGAGAGCCUGACUCCCAAGAAUCGUGAGGUCUACUCUUACCUGCUGGAAGCCAGGAAACCCGUAAACGGAAGCAAGGUCGCUUCAGUCUUCAGUCGCCGCGGUCUGGUGUUCUGCCGGGUGGAGAGAGGAGGGCCCAACAUCAGCGUGCCGGAUCUCCAGCGAGCGCAGCGCAUCGUGAGCGGGGAGCGCAGCGCUCGGAGACCGCCCCCGGGCAGCGCGCCCUCCCGGCCUCCGGGCGGCCCCCGCCCUCCUGCUCCUGCGGCGGCGGCGGGCCCGCCUCAGCCCGGCGACGCUCGUCCGCCGGCGCCGGCGCCUGCGGAGACGGUCUCGACUCGGCCUGGUGCUGCCGGCCCUGCCGCUGUUCCCGCUGCGCCCAACCCGUCUCCUCCCGCGGCGUUGGCGGCUCCGGGGCUGCCGGGAGCUGUGGAGCUGCGGGAGCCGUCUGGCGGCGCGCCGGCGGCCCGUCCCCUGGCGGAUUCCCGUCUCGGAUCCGUGACAGCCGGAGCGGUCCCUGGAUCUGCGGCGGGAGCCGUGGUGGGAGCUGACCAGUGACAGUGGGUCUGUUUGACUCUGGAAGCCCCGGCGAUAUCCAGGCCUUUGAGAACGCCAUCGACGAGAUCAACAACUCGUACGACUGCCUGCACGGCAGCAAGCUGAACGGCAUCAAGAUCAUUAUCUACCCGGGGGACAGCUUCAAGGCGGCCAAGGAGGUGUGUUACAACCUGGAGACGAUGGGCGCGGCGGCGGUGGUCGGUCCGCAGGUGUCGCUCACCACCUCUCGACACAUCCAGUCGCUCUGCCACAGUCUCCAGGUGCCGCACCUGGAGGGACGCUGGAGCUACCCGGUGCCCUCCAGCUGGACCCGGGAGAAGUUCACAGCCAACUUCUACCCCACGCCGCCAGAUCUCAACCAGGCCUACAUAGCGCUGAUCAAAGAGUGGAAUGCCAAGGCCAUUGCCGUAAUCUAUGAGGACAAUGACGGCCUGAUCCGUCUGCAAGAGGCUCUCACCGAUCUCAGAGAGCCAAAAGUUCAUUUGGCCCAACUUCCGAACGAUCCCAACCGAGAUUACAGACCGUUUCUGAAGAUGAUCAAGAUGACGAUGCGGAUCCGCCAUCUUGUGAUCGACUGUCGCGCUGAGCUGAUCCGUACCAUCAUGGACCAGGCCAACCAGAUCGGUCUUGUCAGCGAGUACUUCAGCUUCAUGUUCACUUCCUUGGACCUGCACACGGUGGACUUUACGCCGUACCAGAUCCAGCAGGGUCGGGUGAACAUCACCGGGUUCCGGCUGCUGCGCGAGGGCUGGCGCCAGAGCUCCGACUCGUGCGCCCAGGGCCAGGACUGGCGCACCAACAUGAACCAGCUGACGACGACGAGUAUGCUGAUGUACGACGCCCUACACUCGUUCGCCCGUGCCCUGAGGACGAGCGAGCGAGAGGGUCCGAUCAGCGUCCCCACGCUCAGCUGUGACACGGAAAGGGGCUGGGGCACCAAUGGCUCGCAAAUCAUCAGACUCAUGCUGCAGACGCCAAUGAUGGGCCGGAGCGGUCUGAUCCGACUGAGUGAGUUCGGACGGCGGGACGACUUUGAGCUGGAUGUGCUGGAGCUGGGCGCCGCCGGACUGGAGGUGGUGGGCUCGUGGUCGCGCGCCGGCGGCGUCAACUACACCCGAACCUGGGGCCAGAAGACGGAGGAGAUCGCCACCAGCAUGUCCGGCAGGACGUUCAGAGUGGUCGUCGGUCUGGCCAACCCGUAUGUGAUGGAGGAUAAUACGACAGAGUCGGGGUUCAGUGGUUUCUGCAUUGACCUAAUGGGGGAAAUAGCAAAGAAGAAAAAGUUCAAGGUUGAAUACCACGUCUCCCCAAACAACCAGUAUGGCACCUUCAGCGAAAAGGAGGGACCAUCUGGGAUGAUGAAGGAGCUCAUGGAAAACGCGGCUGACAUGGCCAUCGCUGACCUGUCCAUCACGCUGGAUCGCGAGAAGGGCGUCGACUUCUCGAUGCCCUGGAUGAACCUCGGCAUUAGCAUCCUGUACCGUAAGCCGGUGAAGGCGCCUCCGCAGCUGUUCUCGUUCAUGGGCCCGCUGUCGACCGAGGUGUGGAUCUACAUGGGCACCGCCUACCUGGGCGUCUCCGUGUUGCUCUUCAUCCUGGCCAGGCUCAGCCCCCAGGAGUGGCAAGAGCCGGGCGUGUGCAGUAUGGCAGGAGCCGACCCAGACUUCCUCGAGAACGAAAUGAACCUCCGCAACUCCUUCUGGUUCACCAUUGGGUCCUUGAUGCAGCAGGGGUGCGAUAUUAACCCCAAGGCGGUGUCCACGCGCAUGGUGGCCGCCUGGUGGUGGGUGUUCACGCUCAUCAUGAUCUCGUCCUACACGGCCAACCUGGCCGCCUUCCUGACCGCCGGACGCAUGGAGACGCCCAUCAAGUCGGCAGAGGAUCUCGCCAAACAAACCACCAUCAAGUACGGCGCCAAGAAAACCGGAUCCACCAAAUACUUCUUCCGCGACUCGAGCAAGGAGCUGUACCGCCGCAUGUACAACUUCAUGGAGUCGGCGCGGCCCACCGUGUACGUGGACUCGUCGGACGCCGGCGUGGAGCGCGUCAUCAAGUCCAAGGGCUUGUACGCCUACCUGAUGGAGUCCUCCGGCAUUGAGUACGUGCUGGAGCGCAACUGUGAGCUCACCCAGGUCGGUGGCCUGCUGGACCACAAGAGCUACGGCAUCGCCCUCCAGCCCGGGUCUCCAUAUACAACAGUUAUUAAUUCGGCUAUAUUGGAAAUACAAGAAGAGGGAAGACUUCUCGAACUGAAGAACAGAUGGUGGAAGGCCAACACACCGUGUCCCGACGACAACAAGGUGAACGCCAACGAGCUGGGCAUCGACAACGUGGGUGGCGUGUUCGUGGUGCUGCUGGGCGGCAUGUGUGUGGCGGUGCUGAUCGCCUUCAGCGAGUUCAUCUGGAAGUCGCGCAAACUGGCGCACGCCGAACACACCUCCCUGAUGAACGAGAUGGCCAAGGAGCUGAAGUUCGCCUUCUCGUGUAAGGGCUCGUCGAAGCCGGUCUCGAAGCCGGAGCCUCUGCGGCCCUCUCAGAGCGCCACCUACCUGUCCAACGGACCCGGCAACUGGAACGCCGACGUCACCUUCGAGCCCUACCAGCGGAAGCCGUAGACGGUGAACGUGCUGCAGUGGUGUGGGGAGUAUAGGAGAGGAUACACGGGGCGAGACGUGCUUUACGUGUGGAGUCUGUGAGUGGUGAGGUUAAUGUGAACUGAAUGCUAGUGGUGCGGAAACAAGGGUAUGAGCUCAGUGAAAUGUGUAGAGCAUUACUAUCCCCAUCGACAUGAUUAGUGCGCGACAUAAGUGUCAAAAGUGUGGAAUGCGCUGUCGUGUUCGAAGUAGGAGAGAGUUGCUGCCAAGAUGGUUAGUGAGCUGAAUAGUGCAUUGUUGCUGUUGCUCUGGAGAUUCGCAGAGAAAAGUGCUAUAUCGCUGCCUUCAGUAGUCAUGGACGUGAGAAAUGCUGAGGUGGUCGGUUGUAAACGAAAUAAGUCCUCCUUUUCAUAGGAUUGGUAGCAUUUUUUGCAAUAAGUGUACGACGUAUGCGUUAUCAUUGCAGGUUUAAUAAAUCCCUUAGUAUUGCUGACAUGUGACCUAGUGCACAGUUGUUCAUGCUAAUGUAGUUGGCUAUGUGUAUUCAGCCCCGAGCAUGUUCUUUUUACUAUACUAUACUAUAUUUAUUUCGUAGGGCAUUGUUAUUUGUUUGUUUUAGUUGACCUGUGAGCCUUCUGCUCAUGUUUAAGAUCACCGUGUCUCGUCAACACAGUCGUAUAUGAACCUUGAUAUGGAUAACGUUUAAGAUUAUGCAGAUAUAUCCUACCUACCGUAAAUAAACAAGUCAGUCUCUCGAA